CUGCUGCUCUGAGGCGUCAUCUAAUGUCAUCCCAGCGCACAACACAGCCAAACCCUACACAGUUAUGCCAGAUGAGGUUUACAAUAGUUCUUAUCCAAACAAUCUAACGGAGAUGACAAAUUUCUGAGAUUGCGAUGCUUCUUUUUCUCAAUGACUCACUUGCUCUGAAAACUGAUUCUGUCUUCAAAGCCUCCACUCGAACGAAAAGGAUCAAUGCUCGGCCUUGAUUCACCGCUGAUUCUCAAUUUCUGCAUGCUACUAAGAAUUCUUUCUUAUCUCAAUCUCCUCUGCACAGUCGCACGCCAGGUGCGCUAAUAUAAUCAUAUCGACCAAACCCAGUGCGCUGUUUUCUUUCGUUUACCCGAGAUCAAGAGCAUGGCUCUUACUCCACAAGCUCCAAGGUCUGAGCUAGAAGUCGAGGACUCUCCACAACUUCUUCCACAUGAGAAAUGUCCUCCUGACCAAGGACUUCGAGCAUGGCUGUGUGUAUUUGGAUCGUUUUGCGGGGUGAUGGGAUCGUUUGGCUACACCAAUAUCAUGGGUGUCUUUCAACAAUACUAUGAAGUCAAUCAGCUGGCCUCAUAUUCACCGUCGACAAUCUCAUGGAUAACCUCUCUCCAAACGUUUGUGUUGACUGCUGGUGCAAUCGUCGUUGGCCCUCUAUUCGACAAAUUUGGAUCCAAGCCAUUGAUAUUACCUGGCGUGCUUUUGAUGAUUCUCGGAGUGAUGACAACGUCGGUCAGCAAAGAAUACUACCAGUUUAUUCUCGCGCAAGGCGUAUGUACGAGCUUGGGCUCGUCGCUAGUUUUCACUACUUGCAUUGCAUCAGUGUCGACAUGGUUUGUGAAAAAGCGUGGCACAGCCUUGGGUAUCGUGACCUCUGGCGCUGCUCUCGGUGGCACGAUCAUGCCUUUGAUCUUUCAUUCCGUGAACAAUCGUGCGGGCUUUGGAUGGGCAGCAAGGUCACUUGGCUUCUUGAAUUUGGGUCUGGGUCUUAUUGCCUGCGUUUGUGUGAGUUCGCGCAUCCGCCCAAGGGGACGCGGUCGCAAGUCUGAAGAAUUAAUAGAGCAGUCUUCAUCAACAUAUGACGAAAAGCAGCCCUCUUGGUUUCGCCGGACGUACAUCACUCCUCUAUCUUCUCCUUCAUUUUCAUUUCUCACAGCAGCUGUAUUCUGUGUAUACCUCGGGGCGUAUGUCCCUCUCAACUAUCUGCCCAGUUUUGCUCGCGAUAGAGCGGCCUUUUCCGAAGAUAUGGCGGGGUAUCUUCCUUCCAUCCAAAUGGGCGCUACUACCCUGGGUCGCAUAUUACCUUCAAUAUUUGCCGACAAGGUUGGACGCUUUAAUGUUUUCAUAGCUGGAUCCUUUCUUGCUGGCAUAUUCACCCUUUCACUUUGGAUUCCCGCGCAUACCAAAGCUCAGGUCAUUGCCUACGGUGCUGUUUACGGUUUUGCAGCUGGUCCCACUACUGCAAUUUGGAUGGCCAUGAUUGCCGAGAUUUCACCAGUCCAGUCUAUCGGAGCACGCUUCGGUAUAUGCUCGGUAAUUGCAUCAGUGGCGGCUCUAACCGGUUCUCCAAUAUCUGGGGCUCUCCUUGGCGAUGAUCGAACUAAAUAUUAUGCAAUGGCUAUAUUUUCCGGGGUUCUAGUCUUGGUCGCUGCGGGCUUGGCAUUUGUAUCAAAGGCAGUGUAUAAAAAAGAUAACUGGCGAGCAUUAAUGUGAAAAGACAGCGAAUACGAAUAAUUAUAGUCAUUGCUAGAGUGAAAUUGAUGUUAAAGCGGAUUUAGCGACAAAAUAAAUGCAUUUAAAACCCUAAUAAUUAUAAACACUGCUUCACCAGUCCCGUCUAUACAAUAGAAUGCCUGUCUUGCAAGUUGAAGACUUCGAACUAAUCCUAUUUCUGAGGGUAUCAAAAGCGUCUGCUAUCAGUAUGGUUAUUGAUUGUAAAUGCUCUUAGCUUCUGUAAAGAUGGACGUCGAGACUGUUGUCUCGUGACAACUUUACCUUUUUUGUGGCCAACUAACGGAGCCGCUCCAAGUGUGGUCGGAUAUUUAG